AUGACCACCAAGGCCCAUUCCUCAACUACUCUCUUCCUCUUUCUCAGUCUUCUCUUCUUUGUCAUAGCUAGAGGUCGAGCUCCUAGUACCAACCCUGCUUCAGCACCAAUGGCUAGUCCCACUGGUAAUAAUUCUUCUCCACCGAUGCCUAGUUCUGCUCCACCACCCGCUUCCACAAGCAAUAAUUCUACUCCACCACCUGCUUCCACGAGCAAUAAUCCUACUCCACCCACUUCCACGAGCAAUAAUUCUACUCCACCUGCUUCCCCGGGCAGUGUCUUACCUCCAUUGAUGCCUAGUUUUGCUCCACCACCUCCAUUAAUGACUCCAAACUGUAACUGCACCAUUGACCCUAGAAGACUAGCCAUCUGUUCUCUCCCUCUUUACGGUGUAUCUCACUCGGCUGCUCAGCAAGCUUGUUGCCUACAAUUGCGUCUCCAUAGUAGAGCUGAUGCUUAUUCCUGCAUUUGCAAAGCCAUUAACGAUAAGACUGCAUUGAAGCUUGAUAAUACUGGAAAGGCAAUAUUGACGGUUCUUCGACACCUUGGUCGCAUAACUGAAAGCCGGGUUGGGCAUCACCGUGUGAUCAUUCUAUUAAGGCCUCAGUGAAUGUACUUUGCCUUCUCAGAUUAUUUGAAAUAUGCUCGGUUCCAUUUGUUUUCUUCUGCUGUUCAUUCUCAAUGUUGCAUGUUAAGACUUGGUAUGAGAUGCCAUACCCUCAAAAAGAAGGUGCAGUUGUUGUAAGUUCAUGUGAAAAAAUGCUUAAAACUAGUCAAGUUCUUGGAAGAAAUGGUUCAUAUGAGUUAGACCUUUGUUUGAACUACUUUGUGUGGCGCAAAUUGGAGUGUGUUCUUCAAAUUCUUCCAUAUAUGCCCGGCGAAAUCCCCAUAGUUACCUGCAUGGGUUCGAUCAGUAG